AUUUUGUAUCAUGUUUAAACAAAUUAAAUUGAAUAAAGAUAAUAAACAAUAAAGUUAUUUUAGACUUUGGUGAUUAAAUGAUUAAUUCGCAUAUCUAACAUUUAAGCGAUUAAAACUGCUCCCAAAUAAAGAUUGACUAAGUUGUCAAAAUGUUGAAGCAGGGGCAGUCACAGUUUGAGGAGAAGUGGCCGUCAAUGCGGCCAUCAGUUCUCAAACUGCUCCGACAAGAACCAGUCACACGUUCUGAAUGGCAUGAUUUAUUUUGGGCAGUUCACUCAGUGUGCCUUUGGGACGACAAAGGUCCGCAUAAAGUCUAUGAGGCGCUGCAGUAUGAUAUUCUGGAGUUUAUUAAACAUGCUCAGACACGUGUCCUUCAACACCACGAGGACUCUGCCCUGCUGAAGGCGUACAUUGCAGAGUGGGGCAAGUUCUUCACUCAGUGCGACUACUUGCCAAAACCUUUCAUGCAACUGGAGACUUCCCUGGCCGCCAAGACACACACACCCAUGCAGAAAAAGCCACAGGGGGAAGAGAGUAUUGUCAGAAAACUGAUGCUUGAUAGCUGGAACCACAGUAUAUUCUCGAAUAUCAAGCAACGAUUACAGGACAGUGCCAUGAAGCUAGUGCACGCCGAGAGAAAUGGCGAGGCCUUCGAUUCACAACUUGUAAUCGGCGUUCGGGAAUCUUACGUGAAUCUCAGUUCCGAUGUGGAGGACAAACUGAAGAUCUACCGUGAGAACUUUGAGAAGGCCUACCUGGAGGCAACGAAGGACUUCUACAAGUUGAAGGCGCCCCAGUACCUGCAGGCUAAUGGGGUUCAGAACUACAUGCGCUACGCUGACACCAAGCUGAAAGAGGAGGAGACUCGAGCUCAAAGAUACCUGGAGACAAGCUGGGGCUGUACCUCUGUUAGUGGGUUGACAGAAUGCUGUGUGAAUGUUCUUGUAACGGCAUUUAAGGAAACUAUACUCCAGGAGUGUGCUCAAAUGAUCAGAAACAAUGAAACUGAAAAGUUGCGUCUGAUGUUCAAUCUGAUGGACCGAGUGCCUGACGGUAUCACGCCAAUGUUACAUGAUCUUGAGGCACACGUUGUUAACCAGGGACUGGCUGACAUGAUUGCUGCAGCGGACAUCAUUACAUCGGAUUCAGAGAAAUAUGUGGAGCAGUUGUUAGAGUUAUUUAACCGGUUCAGCUUGUUGGUACAUGAGGCCUUCAACGAUGACCCCCGGUUCCUUACGGCCCGGGACAAGGCGUACAAGAAUGUUGUUAACGAUACUAGUGUGUUCAAACUGGAAAUUCCCAUAAAAAAUAAAGGAAUGGGAACGAAGACCCAGCCUGAGUCCAAGUGCCCUGAACUGCUGGCCAACUACUGUGAUAUGCUGCUGAGGAAGACACCGCUGAGUAAGAAACUCACAUCUGAGGAGGUGGAGAAGAAGCUCCGAGAUGUGCUGCUGGUGCUGAAGUACGUACAGAACAAGGACGUGUUCAUGCGCUACCACAAGGCCCACCUGACGCGCAGGCUGAUCCUCGACACGUCUGCAGACAAUGAGAAGGAGGAGAACAUGGUGGAGUGGCUCAGGGAGGUGGGCAUGCCAGCUGACUACGUGAACAAACUGGCAAGGAUGUUCCAGGACAUCAAGGUCAGUGAGGACCUGAACAGUGAGUUCAAGGACGCUCACAGGAACAACAAUGAAUACAUCGCAGACUCCAUAAACAUCAAGAUCCUGAACGCGGGUGCCUGGGCGCGUUCGUCUGAUCGUCUCUCCGUCUCUCUACCCAUGGAGCUAGAGGAUUACAUACCCCAGGUCGAGGACUUCUACAGACAGAAGCACAGUGGGCGCAAACUGCAGUGGCACCACCUCAUGUCUAAUGGCAUCAUCACAUUCAACAAUGACAUCGGUCGCUUUGAUGUGGAGGUGACCACAUUUCAGAUGACUGUCUUGUUUGCAUGGAAUCAGCGACCAAAGGAUAAAAUCUCGUAUGAAAGUCUUAAACUUGCUACAGAAUUACCAGACGCGGAGCUGAGGAGAACACUCUGGUCGCUGGUGGCAUUCCCUAAGAUCAAGCGGCAGGUGCUCUCAUGUUCUGGGGAGGUGAAAGCGCCCAAGGACAUCACCGACGGGACACAGUUCUGGGUGAACCAGGAGUUUGCUUUAGUCAAGAACGGGAAGGUUCAGAAGCGAGGCAAGAUCAAUCUGAUUGGUCGGCUGCAGUUGUCAACGGAGAAGAGCAAGGAGGAAGACAAUGAGGGCAUCAUGCAGCUGCGAAUUCUCAGAGUUCAGGAGGCCAUUGUGAAAAUCAUGAAGAUGAGGAAGAAGAUCACGAAUGCAGCAUUACAGACUGAACUUGUAGAAAUCCUGAAAAACAUGUUUUUACCAUCCAAGAAACUGAUCAAAGAACAAAUUGAGUGGUUAAUAGAACACAAGUACAUGCGCCGAGAUGAAGAUAAUAUCAAUCUAUUUAUUUAUAUGUCUUAAAGAACUUCCUGGGCAGAGUUAUGUGUGGUAUUUUUCCUGCUUGCAGCCAUUUUAAAUUUCCAGCAAAUUGGAUCGCAGUAUUUCUGAGCCAAAAGUGAAGCUGACCAAUCAGGAGUGGUUGUUUGAAAAUUUGAAAUGAGUCUACCAAUGGGUGUUGUUCCUCUUAACUGAGGCUGCCCAAUCAGGUUAUUGGUUUUGAAAUUCAGGCAUAGACAGAAGGCUGUUCGGAGAUUCAAGUCUGGUCAUGUGUGCUGUGGGUUUCUUCAGAAAAAUGGGACAAAUAAAAUAAAGCUGUUUGAUCCCGCUAUUUAGGUAGGGCUUUAAGUCCAAUAGUAGGUUACAAUGGUAAUGUCCUAUUGGACAUCAUUUAAAUGUUGACAUUAUUUUUACUUUUUCCGGUGUAUAUUGCCAAAUAGCAUAUUCAGAUCAAGAAGUGGUGUUUAAACCACCUACUGGUAUUAAUUUUGCACACAACAUGUAUUGGGUAUGUUUUUACACUAGAAAUGUGUGAAGUCAAAACUUCUGAUACUUAAGAAUGUAUUUUAAAUGUUUUUGUUUUCUGAUUAGCCAUUAUAUUCAUAAUGCUAUACGUGAUGAACAUUCAAACAGGAAAAAAACUGUCACAUGGGAAAAUAUGUGUAUGCUUUGUAAAAAGUCUGAUAUCUAAAAAAAUAGAAUAUUAAGGUGUAACACUAUUUGUGAUCAUGGCAUAGAAUGUCAAAGUUCAUUUAGUCUGGCCUUAGCCUUGCUCUAGGAAAAAAGCUCUUAACCCUUUCCCACUCAGAAACAGAGUGAAAAUGGCUAUGUGCAAACAGCAUAUAACCAGAAAAGCAUGCAACUAACUCGCAGUUUCUUCAGGUUUCAUGCUGUUUGCUGCUCAUCAGUAUCUAAGGGUUGGAAAUGAAGCCUUUAAAACUUAAAUCUUUUAAGACAAGUCUUAAAUUAUAUUUAACUUUCUAAGGCAACACAAAAGCGUCAAAAUAAGUAUCUAAGUAGUAAAAGUGCAUUUAAGUAAAGUGUUAUACCAGAUCAGAAUGAACACUUUAAGCACAUGCACUCAGCCUGUUGUUCCAGAACACAGCUCCUUUGUUGAUACUCCUGUGUUACUGUGUUACUUGACUGCUGUUUGAACUGUUAACUUUUCUACUAUUUUAAAAAACAUAAGUGUUUUAUUGCUUCACAAACAAAGUUUAACAGGAGGUA